GAAAGCCUCUUUUAUCUCUCCUGUCCCUUCCACAGCACCGUCCCCGCCCCACUCUCUUCCCUUCGGACCAGCCCUUCUGGGCGCGUCGGAUUCUUAUCUCCCGCCCCACGCAGGGCGCCGCAGGCGGCGAUAGGAUCCGGACUACAGCUCCCAGCGCGCCCCACUUCCCGCCCCCGCCUCCGGAGCCCGCCGCUGCAGCGGCUCUUCCCGAAAGGUUCUUUCCGCCUGUGCGGCUCGCCGGCUCGAUAUUCCGGGGGUCUGGGUGGGCGGCUCAAACGCAGGGCUCUGGGACGCAGGCACUGCUCCAGGUGAUAGUGCGGGAACAUGGCCUUGCAGCUGGGCAGGCUGAGCACCGGCCCCUGCUGGCGCGUGGCGCGGGGCGGCUGCGGAGGGCUCCGCGCCUGGUCCCAGUGCGGCGGCGGAGGGCUCCGAGCCUGGUCCCAGCGCAGCGCAGCCGGACGCGUCUGCCGGUCCCCUGGCCCGGCUGGCGCGGAGCAGAGCCGCGGGCUGGGGCACGGCUCGACGUCGAGAGGCGGCCCCUGGGUAGGGACAGGGCUGGCCGCGGCGCUGGCGGGGUUGGUGGGGCUGGCCACCGCCGCCUUCGGGCAUGUGCAGCGGGCGGAGAUGUUGCCUAAGACCUCGGGGACGCGGGCCACUUCGCUGGGGAGGCCGGAGGAGGAGGAGGAUGAGCUGGCCCACCGCUGCAGCAGCUUCAUGGCCCCGCCUGUGACCGACCUGGGCGAGCUGCGGAGGAGGCCGGGCGACAUGAAGACCAAGAUGGAGCUGCUGAUUCUGGAGACCCAGGCCCAGGUGUGCCAGGCUCUGGCACAGGUAGACGGGGGCGCCAACUUUUCUGUGGACCGGUGGGAGAGGAAGGAAGGAGGUGGCGGCAUCAGCUGUGUACUUCAAGAUGGGAGUGUUUUCGAAAAGGCUGGGGUGAGCAUUUCUGUUGUUCAUGGAAAUCUUUCAGAGGAAGCUGCAAAACAAAUGAGAAGCAGAGGAAAAGUUCUGAAGACUAAAGAUGGUAAAUUGCCAUUUUGUGCUAUGGGCGUGAGCUCUGUUAUCCACCCCAAGAAUCCUCAUGCUCCUACUAUCCAUUUCAACUACAGAUACUUUGAAGUAGAAGAAGCUGAUGGCAACAAGCAGUGGUGGUUUGGUGGUGGAUGUGACCUCACUCCAACAUACUUGAAUCAAGAAGAUGCUGUCCAUUUUCACAGAACUCUGAAGGAGGCUUGUGACCAGCAUGGUCCAGAUCUCUACCCCAAAUUUAAAAAAUGGUGUGAUGAUUACUUCUUUAUAGCCCAUCGUGGAGAGCGGCGGGGCAUUGGUGGUAUCUUUUUUGAUGAUCUUGACUCUCCGUCCAAGGAGGAGGUGUUUCGCUUUGUACAGAGCUGUGCCAGGGCUGUAGUUCCUUCUUACAUUCCCCUUGUGAAAAAGCACUGUGAUGACUCAUUCACCCCCCAGGAGAAGCUGUGGCAGCAGCUCAGAAGAGGACGGUAUGUAGAAUUUAAUCUGCUGUAUGAUCGGGGCACAAAGUUUGGCCUCUUCACUCCAGGAUCCAGAAUUGAAAGUAUCUUGAUGUCUUUACCUCUAACUGCCCGAUGGGAGUACAUGCAUUCACCCUCAGAGAAUUCCAAAGAAGCUGAAAUUCUGGAAGUUCUACGCCAUCCAAGGGACUGGGUGCGUUGAUGCAGGCAGAGUGGCUGUGCAGGGGUUUGGAGGGCACAGGAUGUGUGCUCCCCAUGCCACUGGUCGGCACUUUGCCACUGUGUGGCAGUUACCUGUGCCUUAAUCUUCUCCACUCUGCACCCUACCUCGUGGGCAGAUGAUAACGUGUUUUGGAUGCUGUCAGUGAUGAAUGGUGAGAUGGCAGAUUGUCAGAGUCAACUGAUUAAACCUCAUUUAUACUUUUAGUGUCAUUUUAUAUGACUAGUUUACAAAAUAGGACAUUGAGUUUCCAAGUAUUGAGAUAAGGGAAUAUAAAUAGUAUUAUAUGUAUCAGGAAAUCUCUCAUCUUGUUUUUGUUUCAUGUAUUUUUUAAAGUUUUCAUUUCUGCCACAAAAAUCUGUCGUGGAAUAUAUUUUAUUUUCAUUAAUUCAGUGAAGUUGAGACUUCAUAGUAAUUUUAGAAUGCAACUUGAAGGUAAAAAUUUUACUUUGUCAAUACUGAAGUCUCUGCUGUAAUCUUUAUAUAUCUUUCUCCAGAGAACGUAAUAUUGUCAAGUAGAUACACAUUUUUCUAAUAGGUAUUUAGAAGCACUUGAAAUAUUCUUAAUCUCUGCAUGUGUUACAAUUCAGUUAUUUCUGUAGUUUGUAAACUCUAAAGUGACAUUACUAUUAUUUUAGAGAUGUCUAAGUUGUAAUUUUGAUUUUUGUGGAACCAUUGUUUGUUAAUGUUGGGAUUCUCUGCACUUUUGAAUGUGAAAGCUUAUAUCCCUGAAUUCUGAUACUUAGAGUUUUCUAUUUCAGACAUCUCUGUGUGGAAGUUAAGACUAAGAAUAAUCCUAGGGAUGUCAUGAAUUUAGGCAAUGUUUCUCAUUUGGAAAAUGAAAUGAGAAAUAAUUUCCUUCUUUAAAGCAAGUAUAUAUAGUAUGAGAAACUUGGAGGCAUUUCAUACACACGUUUCUUAGGAAAAUGGACACAUUGAAAAUGUCCUCUUUUUUAUAUUAGAGAUUCUGCAGCUCUUUGCUCUUAAGAGAAAAUCACAACAGGAUUCUUAAUGUAUGAUUUCUUUGUUCAUAUAUUAUGAAUGUAUUAUUUUAUUUGCUUCGUAAUAAAGUUUAUAAGGAAGAGGAUCUCAUACAUAUCAUUAUCGUGGAACACGUUGAAUGUUUGUGAUUCUGUGUGGCCUUUUUGGGGCUGGAAAAUGUAUGAAUUCUUCAACUGUCUUACAAGAGAUCUGCUAAUAAAUUUUAUUAUGAAAUAAGACUAAGAAA